CCGUAAACGGAACUAGAAUAAUUUGGCGCCAAAUUUCACCGUACCAGUGAAGACAACAAACUUAAUAAUGCCAACCAAAAGCACAUACGAUCCUGAGAUUUUACCAAAUUUAUUGCCAGCUUAUUACAAAUAUCUCUUUCCAUUUAAUCCCUAUUGUACAUGGCUUCGAUACGGUGUCGCCCAGAAAAGUUAUUUUUCUCUCAGAGAGUUUUCUUUCACCCUAAAAGACGAUGUUUACAUUCGGUAUCAAUCUUUUAAUGACCAAAAGGAACUUGAAACAGAAAUCUGCAGCAUUUGCCCAUACAAAAUCGAUGUUGGUGCUGUGUUCUCACAUAAGCCCAAAAUGUACAAAACCAUCAAAGCAAACAGUUUUGUGGCAGAAGAGAAAGAAUUGGUCUUUGAUAUUGAUAUGACAGAUUACGAUGAUGUCAGGAACUGCUGCUCUGGUGCCCAGAUUUGUAAGAAAUGUUGGCCCCUAAUGAUUAUAGCAAUCAAAAUCCUGGACAAAGCAUUAAGAGAUGAUUUUGGUUUUGACCAUUUGCUGUGGAUCUAUUCUGGGCGCCGAGGUGUUCACUGUUGGGUGUGCGACAGUACAGCACGCAAACUCACCCCAAAUGGCAGAGCUGCUAUUGCAGAAUAUCUAAGUGUUGUCAAGGGUGGUGAAAAUAAUUUGAAGAAAGUAGUUUUGCAGGAGCCAAUCCAUCCAUUCAUUGAGAGAUCAGUUGAAAUUAUAGAAGAGUACUUUGAAGGUUAUGCCCUUGUUGAUCAGGAUAUCUUGCGCAGUGAAAACAUCAAUGAAAUUAUAAAUUUGAUUCCAGAAAAAAAUAGAAAUGAUAAUCUCCAGAAAGUCCUGUUGUCUGCAAACAAUUCCAUAUCCAGGUGGAAUAUCCUGACAAAAGAACUAGAAAGGCCUGGUGUCCAUGCUGGUCGGGUGUUGAAGGAGAUUAUGCUGCAAUAUUGCUAUCCUCGUCUUGAUGUCAACGUCAGCAAAGGUUUGAACCAUUUGCUAAAGUCACCGUUCAGUGUCCACCCAAAGACAGGUCGAGUUUGUAUCCCAAUAGAUCCAACAGAUGUGGAAAACUUUGAUCCAUUUACAGUUCCAACCAUCUCCCAACUGAUUGAUGAAAUAAACACAACUUCUGAGAAUGAGGAAAAUUUGAAGAUCAAAGAUUAUAAGAGAACUUCUUUGAAGGAAGGUGUGGAGAUAUUUGAAAAUUUCUUGAAAAAACUGAAGAAAACUUGGGAAGGUGCCAUGAUCAAAGAAAGUGAUCUAAAAAUGGAGCUGUAGUGAAAAAGAAAGAAUAUUUGCAAAAGGACUGAGGUUUUGACAUGUUACACUUUGGAAUUCUUUUUUCAUUUUUAUCAUGGCAGAUUAGCUGAAACAUUACAACAUCGGGCAAAAUGCUUUGUGGUUUUUCUUCAAGCUCUUUACAUUCUGAGUUCAAUUUCCACCAAGGUUCAUCCUUUCAGGCUUGAUAAAAUAAGUACCAGUUGAACACUGGGAUCACUAUAAUCGAUUUAGGCCUUCCCCUUAAAAAUUGUUGGCCUUAUGCUAAAGUAAGAAGGAUUAUUGUAAUUAUUAUUAUUAUUAUUAUUAUUAAGGCA